AUGCCCCUGUUUCCAACCCUUGAAGGUGAGUUGGUGUUGACUGAAACCGGUGCAGAGGCACUUGUGCGAACAAUGAAGAUGAAAGCAAUGGUUGUAGCUGCUCAUCAUUAUGACUCUCAGCAACAUUCUACUACCAGAACAUCAAUAUCGACAACCACUCCCUCUGUUGCUUCUUCUUUGCUGAGUACGAUAACUGUCGCUCCUCUCUCUAAGUUGACAUAUUUGAGACUCCGAGAGAUGGAUGAGCUGGAACCCCUACCAGCAGAAGGCCUCCCAAACCUCACUUCUCUCCAAGAGUUGACGAUUUGGAAGUGUUCAAGAUUUGCAUCUUUACCCCCAGCGAUGCGACGCCUCACCUCUUUACAAACAUUGAUAAUUAAAGGGUGUAGCCAGUUGCAAGAGCGAUGCAUUAAGGGAGAUGGUGAAGAUUGGCCCAACAUUUCCCAUAUCCCCAACAUAGAACUACUAGGACUGUACGAAGAUACAUUCCAGGAUCCAGGUUGGAGUUCACUAGCUUCUUACUUAUUAGAACCAGCUUAUUCCCUUUCCUUGCCUUUUUCUCCCCCAGCGGUUAGGGGCUAA